AUGGAUAGUGGCAGCAGCAGGUCCCUGAAGCAAAGUGCCAAAUGUGACAAUCGUGACUGGAGCGAAGCAUCGUUCUACAGACGGAACGGCGGCAACGGAAUCACCUCGGACGGUUGCUACUCGAACGCGGUGUUUAACGACAGCAGCGAAACGUUCGACGAGGACGGCGACUCAGAAACUUCUCCUCCGAGGAUGGUGAGCAGAGUAAGGGCACCGGGAGCGGUGGCUGCGAAGGAGGCCCUAGCGGCACCGCCAACAUCCUCCAGCUUCCGGCGGAGUCACUCGGUGCGUUCAUCGUUUAAUUCACUGCGGAGUUUGCGGACGCGCCUCAAGCAGGGCCCACCCGGUGGCGGUUCCGGCAGCAAGGUUCGCACCGCGGCCUACACCCACCUGCCCGCGGUGGGCGAUCUACUGGUUCGACCCACGGCCAGCGCCAGGGAGCAGCAUUUCAUUCGCACCACCGCCACCACCACCACCACCGACGAUGUGCGCCAAAGUUUGCGCAACAAGCUGCACAAAUUAAAACUGACCUACGCCGAGCUCCGCCGGUUGCAGGCGAAGGUCCUGCAGGAGAAGCCCCAGGGCGAUUCCCUGGCGAAGGACGUCGGUCCCACAGCACUUCCGGCCAACGUACCACCGAAGGCGGCCGCCCUGCUGGUGGAAGGAUUCGGGCCCAGGAUCGGUAUCUCGUCGACCGAAAGCUCGCUGAAAGUUCACCGAAGACCUCCGCCGCAUCCGGAGCAGGGACUCGUCACGACGCUUGCUCCGACGGCAGAAGAACGGCACCCGCUGCAGUUCGAGCGAAGGGCGUCGGACCGGGAAGAACUGGCGCCAGCGAAGCUUACGGUCGUCCGGAAGCAACGGCCAGCGGAAGCGGCGGUGCAGUCCGAGCAACGCGUUGACGAGCGAGCGGAUCACGAAAGUCACCCGCAGCCGGCAGCGCUCAGUGUCGCAAGGACGGCCACCAUACGGAAGGGUUCCGUUUGGGCAAACAACAGCAGCAAAAUCAACCUGCCGGAUCUGGUGACUCGGUCACUUUCGAACCUGGAGCUACCGAGCUGCCGGCUGCCGUGUCCUAGUAUAGUGCGACCCAGUUCCGGGUCUUCGUCGGCGCAGCCCAAAUCAACGUCCAGCUCGACCGACUCGCUGUCCACGGUCGAGGCACCGACGGUGCUCUCUACCCACCAGUCGGUGCUCUCGCUGCCCGCCCAGUCGGCCACCACCGGCAGUGCCGUCUCGCUGACGUACGAAGAUGAGGUCCGGUCACCGUCCGCGCGCAAGAAAGGAAUCAGCUCCCUGUUGGGGUCCUUGCCGUCGAUAACGUUGGCCCUGACACGCAUCUCGAGCGCCAGCUCGCCGAACCUGUCGAGCGCUCAGACCAGCCGAAGCAGCACCACCAGCAGCCAAAGAAUGGAGUAUUUGCUGCCCCAUCAGCAGCAUCCGCCGAGCGCGGCCACCUCGCAACCCUCGGUGGUGGUCGGUGGCCACGGCGGCAGCGGCAAGAUGGUGGUGGCCACGUCGCCAACAAAACGGCAGCUCUCACCAAAGAUUCUCAAAAAAACGCGCCACCUUUCGACCAGCUCGGCUGACGAGGUGGACGCAAAGGGCACGAAGGUGUCCGGGGCCACCAACGGGGAAGCGGAGCGGAAUGCCAGGAAUGCGCAGCACCUGCUGCUCCUGCGCUCGAACCGGCUCACCGUGAGCGACAAUCACAACCUCAGCGGAACCGGAACCACCACGACAUCCGUCGACGUCCUGGCGGUCCACAACGCCCAGAGUGUGUCGCCACUGCCUUCGACCCACCAGCAGCCCCAUCAGGCCAACAUUCCGCCGUCGUACUGGAAGCAGAAGAAGCUGCCGACGAAGAAGCAACACAAGCAGCUCCAGGCGCAGCUCGACAAGCUGACACAAAUCAACAUCCAUUUGCAUGCCCUGUUCUCCGCCGUCGAGCAUGGCCACCUGGAGAAGGCCCGCACGAUCCUGGAAAGCACUGACGUCGACGUUAACAGUCUCAACAGCGACGGACUCACGCCGCUCGAUGUGGCCGUGCUCAGCAAUAACCGAUCGAUGACCAAAAUGCUGCUCCAGCAGGGAGCCAUCGAGAACGCCCAUUCCGUGCAAGCGGCCAACAGCAACAUGGGACUGCAUCUGAACAAUCUGCUGUGCGAAGCGGAAACGACCGUGCACGAGCUCGGGAACUUUGACAGCAAUCAAUCGAGCGGCGGCACAGGCGGCGAUCGAACCGGCUCCGGGACCAAUGCCGGCAAGACGACCUUCUCCAACAUCAUCGGAAGCGGAGGCACAUCGGUGACGAGCUGCACCGGAAGCGAAAUCGACAAACAGGUCGGCCUCUGGGAGCGACGCGUCAAAGGGCUGCGACGGAUGAUACUCGGCUGGGAGCAGACGAAACCGCCCGACGUACCGAACCGCAUCGACAUCGACGUAACGGGCUGUAGUGCGGUCAGCUUGCGGAUGUACGAACCGCUCGAAGGUGCCAUAACGACCAAAUUUAAAGUGCAAUGGUCAUCCCGGUCGGACUUCAGCAACGUCGUCGGCGAACGGGAAAUUAGCGAGUGGUGCAGUUUUCACGGCUGCAUGGGAGCGGUCUGCAAUCUGAACGAACUGAUCCAGGGCCGGCGGUACUUUUUCCGGGCGUGCGCCGGCAACGUCAAGGGCUGGGGACCGUACAAACUAUCCGUCCCGAACUGUGUCGUCCCGUCAAGUUGGCGCGAUGUCGAGGGACGAGACAACCGGUUCGCCGGCAAGCAGCGCCAUCUGGACGAGCUGUUCAACGCGGUGCGGCUGGCGCGGCCCGAGGACGCGUCCGAGAUCGCACCCGACGGUGGCCAGCCGCAGAAGCGGGCGACGAAGAAGAAAACCACCAUCAAGCAGCUCUUCUCGGCCGCCUCCAAGUUUCAGAAGAAUCUCAAACGCGGUAUCUACUUGGCGUGCGUCCUGUACCACGAGGAUAAACUUUUGCUCACCAACGAAGACUUUGUGCCGGUAAUUGAAAUUGAUGAAACAUUCACCAGCAACCUGCACACGGAUUUCUACUGGCUGAUGAAGGUGGCGUGCACUUGGGAUGACGCAAAGCUGCUCCGGCUGGACAUGGAACGGAACGCUUCCUCGGCCAUACACUUCCGCACCAAGCUGCUGUCGGCCGCGUGUCAGAUGCAGUCCGCCCUCUCCAUCACCGAUCUUGGGCAGCUGUUCUAUCGGCCAUUGCGAGACGUGCACGGGACCGUGGUCCUGUCGUGCGUUAACUGUAUUAAGAGCCCCAAAGCGGUGUCCGUGCUCAACUCCCGCUGGAUACCGUUUAACAAGAUUCACAAGAAACUGGCACUGUCGACGGAGGACAGCAGCAUCAACGAGAUUCUCAUGAACUCCAUCCAGGAGCAGAUCAACUAUCAUCAGGUGUCCAACAUUCGCUUAUCACGCGGCCUGUACGUGAGCUAUCUAAAGAUGCAGAGCUCGGUCGACGUAAUCCAGGUGGUGGUCCCAGUGAAGGCGCCCAACGUGUUGCCCCACUGCAAAAUACGUGACAAUCCGCAUAUAUCCGCCGAGGAGUGGGAGCUGAUCAAACAGCACAAACCUUCUAGCAUACUGGAGUUCCGACCAAAGCACCAAGGACCGACCGAGGUGCAGCUGCACUUUCUCGAGCUGCUCACGAAAGCGGUACACAACCUGUUCCAGUACAUGGACAUUCCGACGGACGUAGCGGUCGCACAUCGGCUCUAUGACGUGGAGGUGAUCGAGCUGAACAGUGACGUCAGUUUUCUGAUCAUUUGCCCACCGGCGGAAAGUAGCUGUGCCGUACCGGGCCAGAAAGAGAGCCUGCUGCAGCGCGGUGACCUCUUCUCGAUGCCGAUCCAGGCGUUCGAGAUGAUCCACCUCAAAACGUACCAGAGCAACAUCAUCCAGAAGUACUCGCGGCUUUCCUGCAUCCUCGAGCUGGACACGAUGCUGGCGAACCACUUGCAUCGCGAAGCGUUCAGCAGUUCUGAGCUGCAGAAGGCCAAGGAUCGACUCGCGAAGCUGCAGGAGCUUUCGGGGGGCCUAAAUUCGAUCUGGAAGGGUGUCCGGUGGCUGAUGGAUGUGAUCGGUUAUGCGCGUGACCGAGCCAACAUGCCGGAGCUGAACAUGAAGCAAAUCCUAGACUACAAGAGUACCUACUUCGGUAAGCUGCCCAGGACCGGCGAGAAGAAGAAGGGGGGCAGCGAAACGCAGCUCCUGCACCCGCCCGCUGGCGGUGGAGCAAACAGUUUCCACAAGAGCAGCCCCGGGCGCGGUUCGUGGCCGGGUCCGGCCGUUGAGUGCAGUCUCGGACACAAUGGUCUGCUCGAUGCGGAACACUCCAAGUCCGAGCAGUUGCUCAAGUACACUAGCGCCCGGUUCCUGAACGUCAGCCAGAACAACUCACGCAAGAAUAGCGCCGAUUCGAACUCGGGUGGGACCAACAGUAGCUACUACUCGGUGAUGGGCGUAGAACCGGAGAAGGAGUUUGUCGUGCCGCGACUGCCACCGUCCCGCUCCGAGGAUACGCUCAACAGUUCUCACUGUUCGUCAGAUGGCACCGGGAAGAUGGCGGUUGGUGUAAGUGGGGCCGGUGGCAAAAAACGGCCACCAACCAUUUACUCGAGCUACUCGGCCACUUCCAGCCCGCUCCUGAACGUACGCUCACCAUUCUUGGUGCCGAUGACCGUUCCGGCAACCACGGGGACGGUAACUGUGCCGGUCAACCAACAGGAGGAUGUCGAAAACACCAACAAACAACCGGGAAUGCCAACAGUUCCUCCGCCCAUAGCGACAGCCAGCGUGGGCCCACUGAAGAUAUUCGCCAAGAAAAGUCGGGAUCAAGCGCUGAAGGCAAUCAAUUUCAUCGAACGCGAACAGCAGCAGGAGAUCGAGAACUUUGAGGAAACGAAACCCAUCCUGACUGCCACGUACCUCAAGCCGACGCUGGCCGCUCUUCAGAACGAGGCCAAAGGACACACGCACAGCGCGAUGCAUGUUCCGGGACCAACUGGAAUACCUAUGACCAAGGAAUCGUCGACGGAUCCACCAGCGACCGUGAGUGUGGCUGAGUCGCCGGCAUCGAGCACCACCACCGCCGAGCCCGCCAAAGGGUCCGAUGAGUCUGUCGCCACGGGUAUCAUCGCCACGACCACCAGUAUCCUGCAAGUGUACGCUGCCUACGAGACCGGGCUACCCAGUGGGACCUCGUUGAAGCUACGCGUUACACCAAAAACCAGUGCCCGUGAGGUGAUCGACCUCGUCGUGAAACAGCUCAACAUGGCGGUGGUGCUGAAGGGUCGCGACGGUCCCAUCUACACACAGGACCGGUUGGACAACUUCUGCCUGGUGGCCGUGAUAGGAGCCCGGGAACGGUGCUUGCGAGACGAUUUUCGCCCGCUCCAGCUGCAAAACCCCUGGCGCAAGGGACGGUUGUACGUACGCCAGAAGCACGACCUGCUGGCGGCCAUCGAGCAUUCCAAUCGCGAAAUAGCCGACAUCUGA